AUGGUAAGCUACUGGUGCUGCUAUGUGGCUCACAAGAACCCGAGGUGUUCGGCAACACUUGUUCUUCGUGGAGAUAUUGACGGACCUGCAUCUGAGUUGGAAGUCCUCAAUGAUGACAAAAGAAAGGCUCAUAUAUGUGGUGGUGAGAACGUGCAGCUUCGUACUACGUACAACGAUAUGCGCGAAGCAGCGGCCGCCGCUGAUGCAGAGACGAACUUGUCUGCCAUUUACGCAAGGGUUUUGAACUCCCAGCCGGAUAAUGUCGUGAAUCGCUUGCCUAAACGUAAGAGUGUGCAAGAGAAUCUGCGUAUCACACGGCAAAGAGCGCAAAAUCUCCCAAAACUCCCUCGCGCAAGAGCUGACUUCGCUAUCCCCGAUGGAUAUAAGAUUGUUAGGAUUGGUGGAGAAGACCAACCAAGCCUUCUAUUCGACUCGGGCUCGAAUGACGCUGAUCGUAUCUUGGUAUGGUACGAUUCGCGUUCUCUGCACAACUUGUUGGCUACCACUAGUGAGUUACAUAUAUCCAUGGACGGAACUUUCAAGAGAUGUGCGAAUAAGUGGGCUCAGCAAUACACUGUACUUAUAAGGCACUCGACUGGCCGUAUGAUUCCGGUAUUUUUCUGCCUGUUGCCCCACAAAGAUACAAUUACCUAUCGGCGCUUAUUCGAUGUUUUGGUGGUCUAUCUGGGCGAUAACGUGGUCUCUUGUAUGAUGGAUAUGGAGAAGGCGGCGAUGAUAGCUUUGAAAGAGGUGUGGCCUGAUUGUCGUAUAUCGAUUUGCCUAUUUCACUUCGGACAAGCGAUCUACCGCAAGUUUGGCUCGUGGGGAUACUGGGUUGCUACCGCUGACGACCUGGCAAAGGUUCGAGAGCGCACGUUCUACAAUUUGAUGGCGCUCCCUUUUUUACCCACCAGGCUGUUCGACGCGGGACUUCGCGUCGCCUGUUCAGACCUUCCUCAGCCACAAUAUCUCCGGGUGAGGAACUAUAUGAGAUCGACAUAUGGAGUGUUUCAGUUCUUCCACCCUUCGCGCUGGAAUCAGAUUGAUCGGGUGCUUCAAAACCUUCCGAGGACAAACAAUGCCCAGGAAGGUUUCCAUCGACAUUGGAACACACUAUUCCGGAACCAUAAUCACCCUAACAUUUGGGUGUGGAUUGGCCGUGUUCACGAUCAGUUUGCUGCGAAUCGGUUAGAUCUGAUUGAGCUGGCUCGCGGGAACAUUCCUCGACGGAAGGCUUACUAUGUGGAGACCGACUACUUGCUCUAUGAGUUCUGCUCCGAGGACACGUCUCAACUCUCUCCCGAAGAUCUUCCCGUCUGGUUUGCUCGAGCUCGAGCAAUAGUUCGUCGUGUGGUACCGAGGACUGAAGUCGAGAAAGACUUCGAUGACUACUUCGAGGAUCUCAUGGUGCGUCCUCCGUCUCCUGAUCCGGAAGACGCAGCGCCAGUCCUACUUCCUGGUGUGGAGAAUGAUUCUGCUGAUGUCGAAGGCGGCAUCGUAGUCCUCAACAUACCCGACGAUCACUUAAUCGACGUGUCAGGCCUGCUCGAAGCGGAUGUUCCUGAGAUGAGGCUAGCGGGAUCUGUGCCGAACACGGUAGUCGGAGCUGAAUCGCUCUCGGGUGAGGCACGUGCUGUAUCGACUCCUCCCUCGAAGACCACCACGGAUGACCACCCUGCGCCGAGUUCAUCAGGCUCUCCUCCUUGGGUGAGUUUCGAUAUUGAAGGACAUCGCCUGAGUGUCUCCGAGAUGGAUCAUGCGGAACUUAUGCAAGAGGGUUCCUUCGUGGCCGAUUCUGUCGUUGACUUAUGGAUGAGGCUACUCUGGCGUGCCCAUCGAGAUCGCAUGUUCCAUCCACAGUGUGUCUGGGCUGCAAGCGAGCUCAAUCCAUAUGGCUACAAUGAGGUUAGCUCCUCCGAUGGAGUGAAGCAGGUGCUGCAGCCAAUUUUUGUAGAUGGUUCACACUAUGCCGCGGUGGCAAGGCUAGUGGGGGGUGACAUCCUUUAUAUGGACAGUUUGCUUCACGAAGAAGUUCCUGCUGGCGCUGUGGCUGCUCUGACUCAGCUCUUCGGUCAUAACAAGCGCUAUACAGUUGUCGGAGUACAACAGCAGAGGAGCAAUACGUGUGCCUUACACACUAUUGCUCGGCUCACCGAAAUACUCCUCUGUGAUCGUGGUGAUGCUACUCGAACCUUUUUUGCAGAAGAAAAAAUGCGUAUCCAUGUAGAGGAAUGCCUGCGCAACGGUAACAUAAAGCGGUUCCCAAGACGGAGAGGGCCGCGCAGUCGCGUUUCUCCAAAUCGUGAGUCUCGAACUCCAGCUGCCGAAUGA